AUGGCAGUACUAUUGGACAAUAAUAGUAAACUUGAUGACUUGCCCAACACAUUGUUGAUCAUUAGCACACUCAAAGUAUAUCGCAAAAGAUUUGAACCAGGUCUACUUCCAACAUCGAUAACAUCACUCAACUUUGCCGAUGACUUUAACAAGAGUCUCGAACCUGGAGUCCUGCCACCCAAUCUCAUACAACUGACAUUUGGAAACUGCUAUGAUCAACCCAUUCCGUCGGGACUGCUACCUCAAUCAAUCACUGACCUAAGCUUUGGUGUAAUCUUCAACCAACAUAUAUCAACGACGAAUCUACCUACAUCACUCCGAUCACUUCAUUUGAGCAAUCGAUUCAAUCAUCAAGUUGAACUUGAUGAGCUACCUCAAUCCCUCACCAAGAUCACACUGGCUGGUGGCUAUCAGACAACACGUCCAACUGAUCCCAAGGGCAUACCUCGUUCGCUCACCGACCUGGAUCUUGGUCAUGGAUUCCAAGGAGUAAUCACACCUGGAAUGUUCCCAUCUACACUCACGAUACUUUCAUUUGGUGUCACAUAUAAUCAGAAGUUCUUGGCAUUGAGUCUACCCUGUUCGCUCACCAAACUCACAUUGGGCGACUAUUAUAAUCAACCGAUACUUCCAUCAGUGUUGCCAGAGUCCUUGACAUGGCUAUCGUUUGGAAAGAUGCUACGAUCACCAGUGGCCUUCCCUAGAAACAUACAAAUACUUCGACUUGGUCACCUGCCAUCACAGAUGCACUACCUACAACAACUCUCACCAAUGUCUACUUUACAAAAAGUGAUCGUGGCCUCACAUAAUCUAGGUCCACAUGCCUGCAUGCCCUUUGAGGCACCAUCCACAACACCUCGAAUCAAACAACUGACAAUAUUCGUUGACUUUGAGGAUCGUUCAGCAAAUGGAGUUAAUGUGCCACCAGGUGGACCACAGGAAAUUCGAAGACUAUUGAUGCAGAGUCUGAUUCUCAAGAUGCCCAAUGUGGACACGUACACAAUGUAUACAAAGAUCAGUUCGACACAAACAGCAACAGUUGGACAUAUCAACAACAAUAAUAACAAUGGUGUAUCACCAAGUGCACCUUUGGCGUCAUCUGUGACUACAGCACAACAACAAUAUCCUCAACAACCAUAUCCUCAACAACAUGGUUCAUUCCAAUAUGCCCCUCAGCAGCAGCAAUACCCAUAUGGUGCACCACCACCUCCAACACAACAACUACAACAAUCAUAUCCGCCUCAAGGCUACUACGCUCCGCCACCACAACAUCCAGGCUAUCCCUACCCUCCUCAUCCACAACAACAGCAACAACCAUACCCAUACCCUCCACCACAACAUUAUGGACCACCACCAACACAUCAACAACAACAGCCGAUCUAUCCCGGCUCACAACCCUUCUAUCAACCAGCCCCUGGCCAGCCAGUGGUCAGUCAGCCGGUCAUCGUUCAACAGCAGCCAGUGGCUAUGCCAGGCGCAGUGCAGCAACCUGUUGUAAUACUUGGACCACCAUUCGACCUUGGACCAACAGUGGAGAAGCGCACAGAGUAUAGCUCAUUCACAUCGUCACACAUAAGAGUGAUGAAUCAGACAGGACGUUCAAUAAUGAUAGCGUACACGAACCUAUCUGGAACAAAGGUGGUCACAGUGUCAGCUGGCGAUACAGAGAAGAUACAGGUCAGUGAGUUUGUCGAUAAGGUCGAGGUAACAAUUGGUAUACCUAUCAAACCCGAUGACCUUACAGGACUAUGCAACGUUGUAAUGGAGAAGAAACGUAUCAAGCGAGGUGCAGUCAUCUCUGUAAAGAAUCCAAAUCCCAUCUCGCAGAUCAACGACUUUAGGGCAACCUAUAAGAAGAAGAAAUUCUAA